CGAGAGUUCCGAUCAAGAAACAGAAAGAACGAACUGUCGGGAGGUUUCGAGUUCGACCUUCCAGAUCGCCUUUGCUUUAACUUUCGUCAGUGCUCCUGCCCACCAGGACCUGAUAUGAACUUCUAGCCCCCCUCCUCCCACCUUCAUCCUUUUUCAGGUUAUCGAUCUUGGCAUCUUCUCUUUCACUGCGUUAGAGUUAACAACCUGCAUAUUCGCUCGAUCCAGUCUCGUUGGCGUGCGCUCAUAACUCCCUUGGCAUCGUCCCCCAAAGGUACUGGUGCUGCCAUCUUCAAAAGAAACUCGCAUGCCACCGCCACACACCAGCUAGUCACGUUUGAUCCAGUACGUUGCGAUUUCGCCAGACACGAACUGUACAUACACGAUGAUUGCGAACUUUCAUAAUCCGAGGCGGCUUCGGACGCCCUUCAUCGCCAUCAUCGUUUUCAUCCUCAUUACCGGGUUUUUCUUGCUCUUCCACCAACCGCUUGUCCAAUACUUUGUAAUACCUUGGACGGCAGAGCAGUAUGGUGGCAGCUGGAUGAACGACUCUUCGCCCAACUGGGUCCAACCAGCACUCUACGAAGGUCGGCCAGACAAGUUUGGCGAAGCAAGUCAAUAUGUCCAGGCAAUUCUUGACCCUAAGAAUGGCGGUUUUCCCAUUGUCAACUGCCCAGCGACAAACGUUACUCGCUACGAGGUACUGCGGCCAACUAUGAACAUGGACAAGAGGCAUUACUUCUUUGCUCUUGACUUGCGACAGGUCAGAGAUCUUCUGCCUCAGUUGAUAGGAGCUGUUCUGGAGGCAAUGAACAUCAUCGGGCCGGAGAACUGCGCCCUUUCCAUCGUCGAGGGUAUCUCCACCGACGGCACAUAUGAGACGCUCUACCGCCUUAAAUCCCACCUAGACAAAAUGGGAGUUUCCUAUCACCUACAAACGAGCAGCAUCGACUCCCAUAGUGGCGACCGUAUCGGCAAGCUCGCCAAGCUGAGAAACCUGGCGUUGGAACCCAUGAUGGCAGAGGCAGAUGCCUACGACCCGAAGGCGACGAUUAUUUUCCUCAACGACGUUGCCGCAUGCCCCGAGGAUAUUCUAGAGCUGGCAUACCAGAAGCAGACGCAGGGAGCCGAUAUGACUUGCGCGAUGGACUACCACUUCCUCCGAUUCGCACCGCACAAUGGAGAACCAUCGUUUUACGAUUCAUGGAUCUCUCGCGCCAUCAAUGGCGACACGUUCUUGCCGAUACCGGAUAGAACCCCCAAGGGAGAACAGUGGAGUGACGUGGCGAAUAUGUUUUGGAAUCACCCGUACUCUCAGGAUCGAUACCUCAGCCGUAAGCCGCUGCAGGUGUUUGCGUGCUGGAACGGAGGCGUUGCGGUGACUGGGGAGCCCUUCCUGAAGAAGCAGAUUGACUUCCGGAGGUCAUACCAAGGGGAGUGCCAUACCGGCGAGCCGACACUGCUGUGCAAGGAUUUGUGGAAGUUGGGUCACGGCAAGAUCGCCGUUAUACCGAGCGUCAGCCUGGCAUACAAUGUGAAAGACGGACGACAAAUCAAAGAAGAGAGAGGCUUUGCGUCGGCUUGGACCGUCACAGAGAACAAUGGAGAGCCUCCGAAGAUCAACUGGCAAGAGGAGCCGCCGGCGAUGGUCAAGUGUAUGCCGACAUUCAGGAACCAGUUCUGGCGGCCAUGGAAUGAAGGACUGUGAUGAGACUUGCUCAGAUCAGGCGCUACAGGGAAGAAGAGGUGGAAUUGUCAUUGUAGAGAGCAUCAAUUAUGAUACCCGGUCGCAUAGUAUUUUGGGAUAGCAGG